GCUGCGAUCGGACUUUCUCUGAGAUAAUAAUAUUUAUUUCCUUUCCGGGAUUUCUGUCCUUUCGAAGUGCUCCACCGAAUUCAAGCUAGCUUGAGCCUGCAUUGACCUCAUGUCGUCUAAAGAGGCAGACAGAAUUAGUGCUGCUCAGCAGACCCUUGACACCCUCUAUGAGAUCUCGCAGCUGCUUAAUACACAGCUUGAUAAGGAGACGCUCGCGACGUGUGUGGGUAUGAUCGAGAGUGGUGUCAACCCAGAAGCCCUUGCAACUGUCAUUCAGGAGCUGCGGCGUGAAGCCGCUGCUGCACAGAACGCACACUCUGAUGUGCGUUGAAUUGAUAGUAGUAUAACAUGCAAAGUUCUCAUACGCUCGACGGCCGUCGGGUCCGAGUGCAUGUAAUGCCACGUCUUUUUUUAUCGUGGUCGUUCAAGCAGAGUCCAGAGCAGUUGUGCCACAUACUACACCUACUGAGCUCGCCCCUUCUAGCAGACAUCAGGCUUGAUAUGUAACUUGACUUGUUCUGAAUGUAACUAUCUUGUAGACUUGUAAGAACACGUUUGAGCCAGUUUGAAC